AUGAUUAGAAAGAUAAACACUAGUAAUGUAUUUCUCAGACCUAAUGAAGAUAUUGAAAAUGCAGCCUUAGAGUCUCAAAUAAAUGCUGAAGAAUAUUAAAAAAUAUCUGAAGAAAGAAAAUCAAACUCUGAUUAGCAACGUAAAAUGUCUCAUAGUAAAAACUAAGAUCGUUUGGAAAUAAAAUUUGAAAAAGGCUCUUUGGGCUCGGGUGAUCUUAUUAAUCAACCCACUUACUCGGAUAGCAAAAAGAAUGAAAAACCAAUCCUAAGUUAUUUAGAAAGAGAAAUUGUUCGAAUAGGCACUAAUAUACAUACUCUGAGCUAAAAGUUCAUAGCUUUGAAUUCUAAUCUCUAAAAUAUUAGCGAACAACACCGAGAAUUCGAGAAUUAACAAUCCAUUAAAAUGUUAUAGCUUGAUUAAAGAUUAUAAAACUAAGAAAAGAUAAGCAAAAAUAUUUUAGAAAAUGUGAAAUAACUGGUUGAUCAUUAAAAAAAACAAGAGAGUCAUUAAAAAAAACAAGAGAGCCACAAUUAAAGAAAUGAAGAGAUUUUUGAAAAAAUCCUUGAUCAAUUGAAACUUAUCAAUAAUAAGUUAGCGGUCAAUAUGGGUCAAGAUAUCUCACAUAAAGAUGAUGGCCAUCUGUAUCUAUGA